UUUCGCGCUUGCACACCUCAGACUGGAAGAUGCGCUUAUCAAAAAGCGAACUGCUGCCAGAUGGCAUUGGGAUAUUAUUUCCCCUUACGAUAUAUUAGAACGGGGUCUCCCGAGCUGAAGUGUGCAGUAUGUGGUUGGUGUGUACUUGGCAUUGUGAUCCAUCAUCGAUUAUAAUUUAACAUUUUAAGGAAAUGUGAUAGUCAAAGGAGAACGCAGUGGAGGAAGAGGCGCAAUGAUGAAGCCGCCUAAUGUGUUUGCAGAGCGUCACUUCAAGACGCAGCACCUCGCUUUAACAGCGCCGAUAUAAACCAGCGUUUGGUGCGAUGAUUCUGUGACAGCGAUCAGCCGCUGGCUCCCCGACAGGAGACGGAGCGGCGAGCGCGCGUGUUUGUGUGUAUUCCUGGUAUUCCUUGUAUGGAAACUAGUGCGGGACCGAGGGGAUAGAGCGAGGGGGGGGGGGGGGAUCGAUGAACUGGUGUCACAGGGCGCUUGCAGCAGCGUAUCGGGAGCCCAGGACACUGGAGAUCACCGGCGCCCUACACAAUCCCAGAACAAAUCCCGACCCAAGAGAGAGAGAGAAAAAAACAAAAACAAAACUAAGCUGUUUGGAGAUGGAACCGGGGCCGAUGGCGGCUCUUCAGAUCUGUUGCUAAUGUUAUAGUUUGAGAUCAUCAUUAUUUUUCGCUCUUGCUGGAACCUUCUUCCCCUCUCUCCCUGUUCUCAUCUGCCUGAAAUUAACUUGGAAAGAUUUUGCCAUUUUGGGGAAGGGGGGGAUUUAUUUAUCUUCCCCCGCACUUUGCGAGAUACAUUCACGGUGGAAGAUGGCUGCGUCCAGGAGCUCGGUCGGUCUAAUAGCAGUUAUACAGUUGUGCCUGAUGCUAUCAUGUACAUCGCAAGAAAGCUUUCCUCCAGCUAACGACAUUCGGUCAUGGGCAGAGAAGAUGAAGGAGGACCUUGUGAAGUUGGUCCGCAGUUCCAGUGGAAUUGAUCAGUUGGAACAGAUUUACCUAAAAAACAGACAGUAUUACACUGUUGAAACAAACAACGCACGACAGUUAGUGGAAAGUGCAGCCAGAGAAAUAGAAAAACUGCUUAGCAACAAAGUGAAGGCUCUGAAGAGACUUGCAACGGCAGCAGAGGAAUUUCAGCAAAAGCACACCUGGAGAGAAGAGUUUGCGGAUAAUGAUGUGGUCUACUACAAUGCAAAGGAUGAUCUGAUGAGUUCUGAAAGAAAUGAAACCCGUCCAAGGAUCAAACCUGAUUUUCAACUAAACCAAGCCUUCCGCCGCCGUGUGGACUUCAACCAUACUGCUGUCCACAUCCCCACAGACAUCUACGAGGGCUCAACUAUUGUUUUAAAUGAACUCAACUGGACGGCAGCAUUAGAUCCCAUUUUUAAGCGUAACAAGGAAGAAGAUCCUACAUUAAUGUGGCAAGUUUUUGGAAGUGCAACUGGCCUGGCUAGAUACUAUCCAGCAUCUCCAUGGGUGGAUCUAACAAAAACUGCCAACAGGAUUGAUCUGUAUGAUGUUCGAAGAAGACCCUGGUACAUUCAGGGUGCUGCUUCACCAAAGGACAUGCUGAUUCUUGUCGACGUGAGCGGCAGUGUUAGUGGACUGACAUUAAAACUAAUUCGGACGUCGGUUUCUGAAAUGCUGGAAACACUCUCCGAUGAUGACUAUGUGAACGUGGUUUCGUUUAACAAUGUAGCAAAAUCUGUCAGUUGCUUCCGACACCUUGUGCAAGCUAAUGUGCGAAAUAAGAAGGUCCUCAAAGAUGCUGUUAACCAAAUACAAGCAAAAGGAAUCACUGAUUAUAAGAAAGGGUUUACGUUUGCUUUUGAACAGUUGUUGAAUUUUAAUGUGUCCCGAGCGAAUUGCAACAAGAUCAUCAUGUUAUUUACAGAUGGUGGGGAAGAACGAGCCCAAGAAAUUUUUACAACAUAUAACCAGGACAAAAAAGUGCGUGUAUUCACCUUUUCAGUUGGCCAGCAUAACUAUGAUAAGGGCCCGUUACAGUGGAUGGCCUGUACUAAUAAAGGCUACUUUUUUGAAAUUCCCAGCAUUGGAGCAAUACGUAUUAACACACAGGAAUACUUGGAUGUACUUGGGAGACCAAUGGUUUUAGCUGGCACAAAAGAAAAACAAGUUCAGUGGACUAACGUAUACCUGGAUGCACUGGAACUCGGUCUUGUUAUCACAGGAACUCUGCCCGUCUUCAACUUAACUAAAGAUGCCAGUGGGAACCAGAACCAGCUGAUUCUAGGAGUGAUGGGCAUUGAUGUGACUCUUGCUGAUGUAAAGAGGCAAACUCCCCGUUACACACUUGGCCCUAAUGGAUAUUAUUUUGCAAUCGAUCCUAAUGGUUAUGUAUUGCUUCAUCCAAAUCUUCAGCCUAAGUCAAUUGGUGUAGGGAUCCCAAAGGUUAAUUUAAGAAAAAGACAUCCUAAUGCACAGAAUCCCAAAUCUCAGGAGCCGGUCACUUUGGAUUUUCUAGAUGCUGAACUGGAGAAUGAAAUUAAGGUUGAGAUACGACACAGCAUGAUCGAAGGACAAAAUGGUGAGAGGACCCUAGACACGCUGAUCAAAUCUUAUGAUGAGAGAUAUAUUGACAAAGGAACUCGAACAUACACAUGGACUCUCGUAAACAGUACAGAUUAUAGUUUGGCAUUAGUCCUGCCACCUUAUGGCUCUCACUACAUCAAAGCCAACUUAGAAGAAGUUAUCACCCAGGCAAAACACUUAGAGUCAAUAAUGCCCGAUAACUUCGACACCACAGGAUAUGUGUAUCUCGCACCAAGGAAAUACUGCGAUGGAUUGAAUCCUUCAACCAACAACACGGCGUUCCUGGAGAACUUCAUCCAUUUUAUCGACCGGCAGACUCCCAGUUCACCAAACUGUAAGACUGAUCUGAUUAAUAAUGUGUUGCUUGAUGCUGGAUUCACAACGGAACUGGUCACAGACCAUUGGAGCAAACAAAAACCGGCUGGAGUUCUCGCCAGAUUCGUAGCGACUGAUGGUGGUAUUACAAGAAUUUACCCUGGAAGUGCUGCAGAAGAGUGGACAGAAAAUCCUGAGACCUAUGAAGCAAGUUACUACAAAAGAAGUCUUAACAACAAUCUUUACAUCUUCACUGCCCCUUACAUCAAUAAAACAUGGGACGGAAUACAGAGCAGUGUGGAAUCUGGCAUUAUGGUCAGUAGGGCAGUUGAACUUAAGAUCGACGGGAAGCUUUUAAAACCUGCAGUUGUCGGAGUGAAGCUUGAUGUAAACACCUGGAUGGAAAACUUCACAAAAGUAGUCAGUAAGAGCAAGUGUUACCAAGAGAUCUGUGACUGCACAAAAAAUAGCAAGCACUUUGACUGUGUUAUAUUGGAUGACGGUGGAUUCCUACUAAUGUCCAACCAGGAUGAAUAUAUUGGAAAGAUUGGCAAAUUCUUUGGUGAGAUUGACCCAAGCCUGAUGAAACGUCUUCUAAACACAUCACUGUAUGCCUUCAAUAAAUCCUACGAUUUCCAGUCUGUGUGUGAUCCAGAAAGUGAGACAAAAGCUGCGGCUGGGCUUCGUUCAGUCUACGUUCCCAGCAUAGUCGAUAUUUUGAACAUAGGUUGGUGGGCGUCCAGUGCAGCAUGGUCGCUACUGCAACAGUUAUUCCUCAGCUUCACCUUGCCACGUUUUCUGGAAGCAGUUGAUGCCGACAUUGAAGACUUCUCUGAACCUUUAUCAAAAUCAAGCUGUAUCACUGAACAAACUCAGUAUUACUUUUAUGACAAUGAAUCCUCCUUCAGUGGGCUUGUGGAUUGUGGCAACUGCUCAAGGCUUUACCAUGCGGAGAAACUCUCCAAUACAAACCUUGUGUUCAUACUGGUGGAGAGCAAGCAUACGUGUCAGUCCUGUGACUCAAAGCCUCUAAUGCAAGCAGAGCAAAAGUCUGAUGGACCAGAUCCUUGCCUUUUAGCUCAGAAUCCCAGACACAGGAAAGGUCCCGAUGUAUGCUUUGAUUCUGAUGAGCACGAGGAUGAUUCUGAGUGUGGCGGGAGCUCUAGUCUGAGCCCAUCCUUAUGGUCCGUGAUAGGCUUUCAGCUUGUUCUGCUCUGGCUGCUAAGCAGUGCCAGGCUUUAUCCAUCAUGACCGCAGAGAACGAACACCCAUCUCAGCUUUCUAGACCCACCUCUCCGUAGCCUUGGAUUAAACCAGGGAAACAUUUGUCCCCAGGCAGUAGAAGACUGACCAUGUCCAUAUCCUGGUGUAUCACUGUGUGAAAGAUUCAUUGUUGAUUCUCCAUAUGAAGAAUGGUUAAGGUGCUCCAUUGUCAAGUUUAAAAGAAAUGUAACAUUCAUACAAUGGUAGCAAAUUGGAUUGUCAGUACUGAAACCUGCCAGGCAACCUAUGGGAACGUUAAUGCAUUUAUACAAAGAGACAAAUGAUUUUAAAAAUAUCUAGAUUUACUUAUCAUCAGGUUCAUAUUUUGUUUAGCUUUCUUGAAAUAAGAUGAAGGGUAUUCUUAGUUCAUGGCUUAUAUUAGCUGCCUGUAAUUAAUUUUAACAUAAUUUAAAUGGGGUGAUAAUAUAUACAUAUGAUCAUGUGUCCCAAUGGCAAAAGGCAUCGGAAAUCUUAGACAUUACCAUGUUGGAUACUAAGCAGUAAUUGCAACCAUUUCAAACACCAAAGUCCACUGAUUAUUCUAUGGCUUAUACUAUUAUGUUAUUGUUUGCUAUUCUGUUACCAAAGGAUGCCUGUUACCCUCUUCUUCCCUAUCAUUAAGCCAUAAUUCUAUGCUUGAUGCCUUUCAUGUCUGCUGAAGCAAAUGCAUAAUGAUUGUUGUACCCCACACAAGAAAUUGUGUUAAGGCUUGUGAAUGAAAAAGCUGUCAUUGUGGCAAUUGAGUUUGGACACUGAUGCUUUUUUUGCAUGAAAUGCUGCUACUAUUUUCUCUUUUUUUGUUUUAAUAUUGGAGUAUAGUUAAUGUACAAGGGCGAUUGAAUGAGUGAACUGUUGUUGAUGUGGAAUUUAGGUAAUAUGUAAUUUAACUGUUUAAAGCAACUGAAUAUUGUCAAACAUACCUCUCAAAGUGCAGUGAACAGGCUGGAAGAUUGGGAAUGAUACUCAAAUGCCAUCUCAAAAUUGAUAUCAUUUACUUUUGAAUGGCUAGUAUUAAGAUGAGGGCUGGAUUUUCAUGAUCUAUUUCUGACCAAUGUCUGCAACAUAUGAGAAGUAAGAGUUAUACAAGUCAUUUAAUUGAAUUACAGGAAAAUUCCCAUCAUAGUUGGAAUGUAGCAAAUGAAAUUAGAAUUUAUUGAAAAACAGAUAAAGUUGAUGUAUGGAAGAUGUUUAAUUCUAUAGGGAAAUUUAGUAAUAGCAGACAUGUCAAAUAAGGAUGUGUAAUUUGGGAAUUCGUACAGAAUCUGGUAGAAAUUUUAUUUACUAAUCAAUUAAGGUGCAGUUAAACAACCCUGGAUAUUACGAUGACAACAAAACACAAAAGGUUGUGCCUUCAAGUUGAACAGAGCUUUGGGGUAAUACUAAGGAUCUUCAGUACAUGUUUGUGGAGCCUUUAUUGAGAAUAUACAGGUUCUUUUAUGUAAUUUUUUUCUCAUUUAUUCAUAACUCCAAUGUAUUUAUAUUAACAUGGAAUGAUUGCUCUGCCAACAUCAGAUAUCCAGGGAAUGUGGAAAGGAAGGACUUUCCUGAAAUAAUGAGUACGUCGAAUGAAUUUAAACUGCAUCAGUAAAAAAAACUAAGAUGGCUGCAAAUCAUUGCAACUUUUUGGUUGUUUGGGCCAUCUAUUUUCAUUCAAACAGAGGUCUACUGUAAAAUAUUUGCAAGACGAUUCAGUAUUUCAUGGUAUGUAAGUAAUAAAAUAUUAAUUCUAUACAGGAACAGUAUUUAAUAUACUUUGGGUAAGAGGAAGAUAGUUUUACUGUGCAGCUGGUUAAAAUCACUAUGGUUCAGAGCCUUUGCCUGAGGAAGCUGACUUUAAGUGCAGUCCACAACUUUCUAUGACCCUUUUGCCUGCACGCCUUAAGUUGUUGGCAUUUCUUGCUGCAACAUCAAAUUAACAGAGGACUUCAUUAACUCUACUUUUAUUGCUUUCCUUUUAAAUGACCCAGAAUAUUUUCCAUGGCAUUUUUUAAAAAAGUCUACAGCAUCCAUAUUUAGUGAUCUGAUAGUAGGCUGUGCAAAAUUCUGUGUCAGAUUUGGGACUUAUGAAAUUGUCACAGCGGCAUGUGACCAGCCCAUUACCUCACAGUCAGGGUAACGGGUUAACCAGUGGACUACAGAAACUAUUCUAAUUGUAGGCAGAUUUUGAUCUCCCAAAAGCUAAAACAAGUGUAAUUUAUAUACAUUUUGUAUCUCUGCCCAGGCAGUAUAAUCCACUGGCCACAUGUUCAAAUGGUGGCGUUACUUACAGCUGGGUACCUAACUCACCAGUGAGCCACUAGUAUAAUGCAAGCAGCAUGUAAAAUAAAAAAAACUAAUACCAAUAUUUAUCACUUUUGGAAGCGUAUCCUAUUUUUAAUAGGUUGAGUAAAUAACCUCACCUUUCUGUAAUCUCUCUUAACAGGCAAGCAUGAACAUCCUCAAAUAAUUCACCCUCACAUUUACUUUCUGUUAUAUUGAGGCUGUGUCUUGAAGCUCCCUCUGAGGUCAAUGCAAGUAUCCCUGUUGAAUUGAUCGGUAUAAAUAUGAGAUCAUAUGCUAUCAUAUUCUGAUUAAAAUGCUGCUUUAGCAGGGUUGAUUAUUUUUUUGCCAUCUGGCCAACACUGCUGAUAAAGUUUACAAAUGAGGAGGGUGCAGGUGGCAGCAAGGUCAAAACAUCCAGCUAUGAGCAGCCAUGAAAAUUUGGCACCUUAAAUGGAUACUUUUGUACAUCAAAGAAAUUCUAGCCAGUUCAUUAAUCUUGGUUUCAUUUGUAUUAUAAGAAUUGAAAAACAAUAUUAAUUUCUCAUUAUUUCGAAAUAUUACUUUUUGUAAUCUUCACUCAAAAUUUUAAAACUCUCGAUAAAGCAUCAAAUUUGGCCACUCAUUACCUUACAUGGAGAUACUGGAGAUCAGUUAAACUGUAAAUUAUGUCCUGAACACUGAACCAAAAGCAAUUUAGGAUUCUGAAAAUUAGUCAAGACCUGAACUGCAAAGAAAGUAUUUUACCAUCAUUUAGGAUGGACAUGCCCAUCUCCCAAAUUCACAUAUCCAAUGCCAAAAGCUAAUUUAUAAGAGAUAAGGGAAACCAUUUACACUGUUCUUUGCCAACCCAGACGCAUCUGAUUUUCUAAAGCAAAUUAACUUCUUUAGAUGAUUAAGUUUCAAAAUGGAGUGGAAUUAUAAAACAAGGAUGAUUAAUUAUUCAAUUGUAUUGAAUUCUACAGCUUGUUGGCUGGGGCUAGCACGAUGACUUAUUGUAGGGAAAACUGGAUUAGAUGCAUCUACAGUCAAUCGCAAAGAAUGGUUAGAAUAUUGCUUUUGUUCUUAUUUACUUGCUUGAAGCGCUGGAUUGAUACGUAAAUGUUUUUCAAGCCUUUUCAUGAUCGCUGCAAUCCUGCAAGUUAAUUGAAUUCAAUGAAGAGUCUGAUUCAAAGGAUCUGAAUCAAUAUUUGCCUGAGAUCUUGCCUCAAAGCAAUUGCAAAGGCGUUUGUGAUUCCUAUAAUCCUCUGAUCAGAGUGAAUGUAUAAUUCACUUCAGAUAUUGUAUAGUUAAACUGUGAAGACAAAAGGGUCGUUCAUUACUGAUGUGAGGCACUUAAAUGGGCUGCGUGCAAUGAUCCUGAAUGGUUGUGAAUUAUCCAAAUUUGAUAAAGUUACUCUUUUCCUAUUCACAGGACAUGUAUACUUCAAAUAUAUAUUUUCACAUUGUGUGGCUUUUUCCUCUUAGCCAUCAUUUUUGGACAUCUUUCAAACUUUUUUAUUCUGUUGUCACAUUGGUGAAGCUUCAUAUAUUUAUACUUGCAGUGACAGGGCCAGUUCAUGGGUUGUAUUACCUUUAAUUACUACAUUAAAGAAGAAUAAAGCUUAGCUAAUUAAACACCGUACUCUAGUUUUCCAUCCCAGAAUGCAUAAUCUUUGAAUAAUAUUAGCUCCUGUCCUUUUAACCUUGAAAGAUCAAGCCUUUGAGCUACUUGAGAAUAUUGCAACUGAUAAAACAAUUAGAUGUGGAAGUAGGUCACUCAGUCUCUCAAAUAUGUUCCUCUUUUCAACAUACCCUACUUUUGAACUGCUUUAGGUGCUCAGUAUCUUUGUUUCAAUUGAAUUAUCUAUCCUAUCUAACCUUACUUGACAGCUCACCCAUUUCAGAUAUCAAUGCAGUAAACCUUCCCGGAACUGCUCUCUACAAAUUUCCACCUUCCUUUAAGUAAUGAGACUAGCACUAUGCACGGUACACCUGAUGUGGUCUCGUCAAUGCCCUAGUAACUGAAGGAAAACCUACCUAUUUUUUCUGUCCAUUUGCCCUUACAAUACAUAAUGCUAGAGGAACUAAUGGUGAAUGAAAGAAAAAUGUUGGCCCAAUGUGAUGGGCCGAAGGGCCAGUACCAUGCUGAACUGCUCUAUGUUCUCAUUAUUUCAGCAAGUCAGGCAGCAUCUAUGGAGGGGAACAAACUGUUGGCAUUUCAGGCCAGGAUCAUUUAUCAGAACUUCUUAAUUAAUCAGGUAUCUUUCUUCAUUUCUGCCUGCCAUACUAGCCUUUUGUAAAUCAUGCCCAUGUUCACAUAUAUUCCCCUGCAUCUCAGAGCUGUCUAAUCUCUUAUUAUUUAGAUAGUAUACUUUUUCUUGCAUUUUCCUGCUAAAAUGGACAACUUUACAGCUGCACACUUUAUACUCCAUUUGCCAGAUCUGUAGAACAUAUAGAACAGCACAGCACAGUACAGGCCCUUUGGCCCAUAAUGUUGUGCCGACCCUUUGCCAACUCAGUUCACUCACCUACAUCCAUUAAAAGAUUUAUAUUUUUUCAGCUACUUUCUUUCAUACUAACCUUUGUGUUAUCAACAAACUUAGCAACCAUUGAUGCUCUCGUCCAAGUUUUUAAUGUAAAAGGGAUGAAGCUUGAAAGCUGAUUCCUGCAGCAUACCACUCAUUACACCUUGUCAACCUGGAAAAGACCAAAACUAAAUUAAUAUUUUUAUCUCAUACUCAGUAGCAAAUAUUUUGACCCCCAUCCAUCACUGGUGAUAUUAAUUAUCUGCUUCAAGGAAUGAUAAUCCCCUGUAAUACCAUUCCAUUUUGUAUUUCUUCCCAAAUCAAGGCAAUGGAUACCUGCAGCAAACUGAUGCAUAGUACUGCACUUCCAGAGAAUCAAGAUGCUGUCUGAGCUGCUGAGUUACUCUAGCUUUUUGUGUAUGUUGCUCAAGAGCCAAAACUAGACUGAAUACCAGCUUUUACCCAAUCCAAAAUAGACUAGGUUAAUUUGUGUUAGUGUUACAUUGUCUCACCAAAUAUACCUACGUUGUUCUUUAUAUUGGGGAUUUUGUACAGAGGUCAGUAAUUACAUUGGGUUGGCUUCAUUAACAUGCACCAUUAUAAUUUGAAUAAAAAGGCAAUACACCCAAGGAAACUAUCAGUUGUCUAUGCAAUUGUAGUGUUAGCUCAUUAGCAGCUCCAACCUUGUUCAGAAAUACUGCCUUUAACAUUUUUUAACAAUCGGAAAAAGAUGCUAAAACAGUCUGCACAUCAUUUGGAAAAUACCAAAAGAGUAUCUGCUAGGAAGUACAAUUUUUUUUUGUUGCAACCUGCUUUUAUGAAUCACUUUCUAAAUUAUACCUACUUUGUCACAAAUACUCACACCACACAACUAGCCCACAGAAAAUUCCCCAUUUCCUUUCAUAAAGAAUGGCCAAUCACCAAUAUCCCCGCUGAUUUUAUUUACAGCUGCUGGACCAACCAUUACACUGAGCUGGAAAUUUUUACACAGCCUGAAAACUGCACCUGAAAUUUAUAACAGGCAUACUAUGAAUAUUUAGAAUGAAAUUUGAAAAAUCACAUACUUUUGAUUUUACUUAUUAAUUGUGGGGUUCAUGCAUUGCAAUACAGCAAAGAAAAUCUGUCACAUUUCACAAUUCUUUCACAGUUCAUAAACUUUUUCUAGUUGCAUCCAAUUCCAGCAGCUUGGGAACAAAGGCUAUACGUAUGGAAGUGUGGCACAGCUUAGUGGGAACAGUGCCAAUCAUGAUAGAAGGGUCUGCAUACAUGAGUUCAAAACUUUUUUUUAUUUUAGUAAUUUGUUUCCAUAGUGAAGGUUCAGGAAGAGGUAUUUCUGAUAGAAAGUGCACAUAAGUGUUUGGCAGAAUUUGGCACAGUGCCAUUAAAUAAUUCCUGUAAAUUUUGUAAAUUCUUCUGAUAUUAAAUUGAGGAUUAUUUGAAUUGCCUUCACAAUUUUAGGUUUCCCGGGUAUCUGGUUCUGACACGGCAAGAUGUGCAAAGGAAUUUGAAGAGGUAGCAAGGUAUGACAAGAUGAUAUAAGAUGAUAAAGAUGAGUUGUGCAGUCUUUGAAUGUACAAAUUCUUUGAUUGAAAUCACUUUCUGGUAGACCAUGAGCUGUAAAACUCCAUGCAUUUCAAUUAAUAGUGAUGUUAAGAAUAACAUAUUAUUAAACCCUUUUAAUCCAGUGUCAGCCAAUAAAAGGAAAGCCUUAAUAUAAAGGUCUGAGUAAUAUCAAUGUGAUUACCAUUAAUUUGAAAAUCAAAUAUGGGCUUUGGCUAAGCUUGUGUAUGUUAUGCUUAGUUUGACUGUGAUAGCAAGGUAAAUUAUUCCACUCAAGUUAAUCUUAGCAGAGAGGGUUCCUCUUGGGAGCUAUAAAUUUUAAAUUGUCAAAUAUUAUCUUCUAAUUCUUUUAUUUGUUUAAUUCUAAUCAUGGGUGUUGUUUACUCUGAGUACUCCCUUUCCCUGGUUGCUCUUUAUUAUAUUUUACUAAUCUAUUCAGAUAAGCAGGGUUUUCAUAAGAUGCUGAUUUUGGCAAAGUUCUUGUUUUACUCUCGUGCUGCACACAGCCCUCAGAAUGGCAUUGGCAAUCUGUUCCCUUCCAUAGUAACUGUUUGCUGCUGAUGUUCCUUUCCUGGUUUUCAUUUCCUGACAAUCCAGCUUUGCAGAAAGUGACCAGUUCUUCCAAUUAAAAUCAGAUUCUCUUCUUGAACAAAGAAACAAGUUAAUACUGGCGGUCAGAAUACAUAGUCAGACCUCAUAUCAAUGUCAAGUGAAUGGGUUCCAAAUAUGAAUUUGGAAUAGGUGUUGUUUCUCAAAACGUUUAUUUCAUCAAAUGUUCCUCCUGUAAAGUGAAAAUGAAGCAAUUAUGUAAUUCUUGUUUGUUGUGGCUUAAGAAUUCCAAAAGUUUGAGUCUGAUUCCCCUAAUGUGAGUAUAAAAUGAGGUUGAAGUCAGAAUUUGCUCCGUCUCCUUUGCCAAUGACAAGAAUUUAUUCCACAAUGCUGGAUUCAUUCUUUAUAACCUUUUUUCUGAAUCCUCUUUUAUUUUAACAGAGUUCAAUUAGUUUUGACAUUCUCUGUUAGAAUGAUAAGCUUCCACAUAUACCGUAGAUCCAGUUUCAUCACAUGGGUAUCGCAGGCAAUAACAAAGGCUUGAAUUAUCAGAGCAUUCUCUGUGAUGAGCAAGAUUCCUUACGAAGUUCCCAUUUCUUGUUUCUCUUGCUGCCAGUUUUAGAGGUUAAAGCA